AUGUCGUCAAGCCAACCGCAAACCAAUGGGGUUCCGGCCUCAUCAGCAGGAACUUCACAAACAGUACCAAACACCCAAACUACGGCAGCCUCGUCCAGUCAACCCGCUGCUACAGCCUCGCAGAGUGCUCCUCCUCCUCAAACACCAUCAACAAGCGCUCCUCGACCGCGCGACUCUCGUCUCAUCGAGCUUCUACUCACAUCCCAAGGCGUCACUGCCUACGAGCAACGCGUCCCUCUUCUCCUUCUCGAUUUCGCCUACCGUCAUACGUCCUCCGUCUUGAGCGACGCCCUCCAUCUGUCGGGCGACCCAUAUGUUAGAGAAGCAGGCUCUAAACCAUCAGCAAAUGCCGGCGCCAUCUCAGCACCAGCAGGCGAUGCCGCGGUGACAGCCAAUGCCGUUAAACUCGCUAUUGCAGCACGACUCAGCUACCAAUUCCGAGGAGGAAACGCUGGCGGAGGUAUCAGCAAAGAAUACAUGCAGGAACUUGCGCGCGAGCGGAACAAGGUGGCACUGCCCAAGAUUGUACCAAGCGAAUGGGGUGUCCGACUACCAAGCGAGCGGUUCGUGCUUAGUGGAACGAGCUGGGGUCUUAAGGAUGUGUGGGACGAGGAUGAGGAUGAGGAUGAGGAAAUGGAUCAAGGAGGUGAUGCCAUGGAGGGCAUCGAAGGACCUGAGCCCGAGGAUGUUGGUGGAGAUGGUGUUGAGGGUGGCACUGUCGAAGAUAUGUUCGGUGAAGACGUCGACGAAGAGAUGGCAGAGGAGGACUAG